CUACUUCUCUACUUCCCGGAUGAAGGGCGGCCCCUGAAGUCAGCAGCAAAGCCAGUCCUCCCCCCACCCCCAAAGCCACAGCCCCUGAAGCCUCCUGGCAGCUGACAGCCCUGCACUUACACAGGACCUGCCAGAGGAGAAUCAGGUGUUAGCUGGUCCCGAUGUCAGUCAACCCCAUCUCUGGGCCGAGCCCCUCGGAGGGCCCUACUGCAGGGCCCCACCAUGAACCUGGAGAGAUCCACAACUGGACGGAGCUGCUGUAUGUUCUCAAUCACACUUUGUCCGAGUGCCACUUGGAGCUCAAUGAGAACACCAAACGGGUGGUCCUUUUUGUCCUCUACCUGGCCAUCUUUGUGGUGGGGCUAGUGGAGAAUCUCUUGGUGAUAUGUGUCAACUGGCGCCACUCAGGCCGGACAGGGCUGCUAAACCUCUACAUCUUCAAUAUGGCGGUGGCAGACCUGUGCAUCAUCCUGUCCCUGCCCGUGUGGAUGUUGGAGGUCACCCUGGACUACACCUGGCUCUGGGGUAGCUUUUUCUGCCGCUUCACUCAUUACUUCUACCUUGCCAAUAUGUACAGCAGCAUCUUCUUCCUGAUGUGCCUGAGUGUGGACCGCUAUGUCACGGUCACCAGUCACUCUCCCAUCUGGCAGCGCCACCAGCAUCGGAUACGACGGGCUGUGUGCGCAGGUGUUUGGUUCCUUGCAGCCAUCAUGCCACUGCCAGAGGUGGUACAUAUCCAGCUGUUGGAGAGCUCUGAGCCCAUAUGCAUCUUCAUGGCACCUUUGGAGACAUACAGCACCUGGACUCAGCUGGUGGCCUUGUCCACCACCAUCCUGAGCUUCCUGUUGCCCUUCCCUCUCAUCGCCAUCUUCAAUGUGCUCCUGGCCUGCCGACUCCGGAGACAAGGCCGGUCUGAAAGCUGGCGCUACAGCCUGCUGGUGUGUGGCUACAUUACUGUCUUUGUCAUCUGCUGGCUGCCCUACCAUGUGACGAUGCUGGUGAUCACCGUGGAGGAGAUCUACGUCUCUCUCCCUUGCUACCUGGCUCACCUGCUCUACUUCUUCUACGACAUCAUCGACUGUUUCGCCAUGCUGCACUGCGUCGCCAACCCCAUCCUGUACAACUUCCUCAGCCCCACCUUCCAAAACCGGCUGAGGAGCGUGGUGGUCCAUUACCUUCCGAAGGACCAGGCCAGGGCCGGUGCACGGGCCUCCUCCUCCUCCUCCUCCACACAGCACUCCAUCAUCAUCACCAAGGAAGGCAGUCCACCCACAGCAGCAGACACCCACCCCCUCCCCUGCCCAAACACCCAGCAGUCCUCUGGGCCCCCAGCUCUGCCCUCUGCGAUCGCAUAGCCAGCCAAGGUCAGUCCCAAGCUGUCUGAAUCCAGAAAGGAGAAGGAAGGGGAGGUGAGAGAUUUGCCAAGGAGUAUCAGAGAUGGAGAAUCUGAAUUGAAAUUGUAAUGAAAUGAAAAUCGAAAUUUAAAAUUAUAUUUUAAAAUACAGAGGUGGGGAGAGG